CUCGGACUGCGAUGACUCUUGUUGUGUCUUGACAUCGCGUGUAAUAACUCGAGCUCCCUGAACCUCGACUCGACCUUCGUCAACCACCUGCCACUUCCACCCGACACCAAUCGCCGUCCAACAGGCCCAAACACCUCCCCAACCCGACCUCAGACCCGACCGUGCCGAGAUCGGAGCUGCUGCUGUGACGAUGGCUUCAGGCAAGAAGGAGAACAUGCUGUGGGGAGGUCGCUUCACCGGCGGCCUCGACCCCCUCAUGGAGCAGUACAACGAGUCCCUCUCCUUCGACAACGUCCUCCACAAGCAGGACAUCCAGGGCUCCAUCGCCUUCGCCCGCGCAAACACAAAGGCCGGCCGCCUGACCCCCGACGAGUUCGCCAAGAUCGAGGCCGGCCUGCUCGAGGUCGAGAAGGAGUGGGAGGCGGGAACCUUCAAGGUCGUCCCGGGGGCCGACGAGGACAUCCACACCGCCAACGAGCGCCGCCUGGGCGAGCUCAUCGGCAAGGACGUCGCCGGCAAGCUGCACACCGGCCGCAGCCGCAACGAGCAGAUCGCCACCGACAUGCGCCUGUGGCUGCGCGACGAGCUCGACAAGCUGGAGGGCCACCUCAAGAGCUUCCUCUCCGUCAUCGCCCGCCGCGCCGAGUCAGAGGUCGACUACGUCAUGCCGGGCUACACCCACCUGCAGCGCGCCCAGCCCAUCCGCUGGAGCCACUGGAUGCUGAGCUACGGCUUCGCCUUCGCCAACGACCUCGAGCGCCUGCGCGAGAUCCGGCGGCGCGUCAACCGCAGCCCGCUCGGCUGCGGCGCCCUGGCCGGCAACCCCUUCGGCAUCGACAGGGACAUGAUGGCCGCCGAGCUGGGCUUCGACGGCCUGCUGUGGAACUCGAUGGGCGCCGUGGCCGACCGCGACUUUGUCCUCGAGACCCUGCAGUGGGGCAGCUUCCUCAUGCAGCACGUCAGCCGCUGGGCCGAGGACCUCAUCAUCUACUCGUCCGCCGAGUUCGGCUUCGUGCGCCUCGCCGACGCCUACUCGACGGGGUCGUCGCUCAUGCCCCAGAAGAAGAACCCGGACAGCCUCGAGCUGCUGCGCGGCAAGAGUGGCCGCGCCUUCGGCCACAUGGCGGGGUUCAUGAUGACCCUCAAGGGCCUGCCGUCGACCUACAACAAGGACCUGCAGGAGUCGGUCGAGCCCCUGCUGGACCACGUCAAGACCGUCGGCGACAGCAUCCAGAUCGCCGAGGGCGUCCUGUCCACCCUCGCCGCCCAGCCCGACAAGAUGCGCGCCGCCCUCGACCCCUUCAUGCUGGCUACCGACGUCGCCGACUACCUCGUCCGCAAGGGCGUGCCCUUCCGCGAGACCCACCACAUCAGCGGCCGCUGCGUCGCCCUCAGCGAGCAGACGGGGACUCCCAUGAACGAGCUCACCUACGAGCAGAUGCGGGGCGUCGACGCCCGCUUCGAGGAGGACAUCGCCGAGGCCUUUGACUACGAGAAGAGCGUCGAGAUGAGGGCCGCCAAGGGCGGCACCAGCAGGGCAUGUGUGCUGGAGCAGGUCAAGGUUCUGACUGCUAUGAUUGCUGCUUAGGGGCCGCGGGCGGUAUGUGUGGAACUGAUGUAUGGAUGCGGGACAUGUGAGAAAUGUAAAAGCAAGUUUUUAUCACGAAUAGAUUCCUAAAAGCGAGGACUACAAAAAGAAAAUGAGAUGCUUUUGAGCACAAA